AUGCAUUUGGAGAUAUGUUCAAGAAUAUUUGCCUUUGUCCAUCGCUCCUGGCUGCGGUCAGCGGACCGAGUCGUUUCGCUGACAGAGAAGCAAUUUGGCUCAUUGCCUAAGCCAGCGUCGGCGAUGGAUUUCUUUGCGAAUUUGCAAUACAUCACUGUCGAGCCGCAGGCGAAGUCGACGGCAGGAAAGCGUCUGCAAGGAUGCCUUAUCAAUACUACUCUCUCUCUAUCUCUCUUUCUAUCUCUCUCUCUCUAUAUCCUCUCUCUGUAUUUGCCUCUCUCUUUCUGUCUAUCUUUCUCUCUAUCUCUCUGUCUCUUACUCUCUCUCCCCCUUCUUAUAUCAAUCGCUCCAUAUCUAUCUAUCUAUCUAUCUAUCUAUCUAUCUAUCACACUCUUCCUAUUUGUUCAUAUCUAUCUCACUCGAUUCAUAUCUAUGUUUCCUUCCUUCCCUGAACAGCCAUUUUAUUUUUCUACAUUUUUUUUCCUGCUGUUGCCUCUUUUUCGUUUUCUCUUUUCGUUUAUGCUAACCUCGCUUUCAUUUUCUAUUUUCUUGUAUUUUGUUUUCUUCUCUUUCUUUUCUUCUCGUUCUUUCUUUCUUUCUUUCUUUCUUUUCUUCUCGUUCUUUCUUUCUUUUCUUCUCGUUCUUUCUUUCUUUCUUUCUUCUCGUUCUUUCUUUCUUUUCUUCUCGUUCUUUCUUUCUUUCUUUCUUUCUUCUCGUUCUUUCUUUUCUUCUCGUUCUUUCUUUCUUCUCGUUCUUUCUUUCUUUCUUCUCGUUCUUUCUUUUCUUCUCGUUCUUUCUUUCUUCUCGUUCUUUCUUUCUUUCUUCUCGUUCUUUCUUUCUUCUCGUUCUUUCUUUCUUUUCUUCUCGUUCUAUCUUUCUUUCUUUCUUUCUUUCUUCUCGUUCUUUCUUUCUUUUCUUCUCGUUCUUUCUUUCUUUUCUUCUCGUUCUUUCUUUCUUUCUUUCUUUCUUCUCGUUCUUUCUUUCUUUUCUUCUCGUUCUUUCUUUCUUUUCUUCUCGUUCUUUCUUUCUUUCUUCUCGUUCUUUCUUUCUUUCUUUCUUUCUUUCUUUCUUCUCGUUCUUUCUUUCUUUUCUUCUCGUUCUUUCUUUCUUUCUUCUCGUUCUUUCUUUCUUUCUUUCUUCUCGUUCUUUCUUUCUUUUCUUCUCGUUCUUUCUUUCUUCUCGUUCUUUCUUUCUUUUCUUCUCGUUCUUUCUUUUCUUCUCGUUCUUUCUUUCUUUCUUUCUUUCUCUACGCAUUUCACAUGUCUUUUUUAUCUCUUAUUUCUUUGCUCCUUUUGUUACUUUCUUUUUCUAUCUGUGCCAAUCUCUCGUCUUUGGUUUUCUUUUUCCCUGUCACUGUCUCUCUCUCUCUCUCUCGUUUUCUAUCUCUUUCUCUCUCUCUACCUUUUUUCUUUUUAUUCUCCCUUUCUCUGUCACACUUUCUCUCCUUUUCUCUUUCUACCUUUCCCAUUUUUACGCCUCACUUCCUUUCGUCUUUCUGACCUGUAA